AUGUCGCAGAAAGGUCAUCCCUCUCAUCCAGCCGUCGUGCACUUCCCCAUUACAUUCACGGCGAUCACUGGAGGAUUGGACGCGAUAUACUGGGCUUCGAAAAUCCCAGCCACUGCAGGCUUGGUGAACUCCGUGUUCAAGUCGUUCGACAGGAGCGUUCAGCCCAACGCGUUCCCUGUAUUGUCCUACUACAGCACCAUCCUCACGAUCCUCACCACUCUCCCGGCUGUGGUGACCGGUGUCAUCCAGCUCUCGCCAGUUAUCCAGCGCGAUGGGUUCCAAUCGAAGAAAGCAAAGGUUGGCGCGGUACAUGCGUUGAUCAACGAUGUAGCGCUCUUCGCUACCAUCUAUAACUGGUGGACUCGUAGCCAGCAGAUUGGCUUCACACCCAGCACCACAAAUGUGAUCGUCAGCUCAGCCCUGGCGCUGCCGCUGACCAUGUACUCGGCGUACUUGGGCGGAUCGCUCGUGUACGAGUACGGCAUGGGCUUCUCAAGGGGCAACCCCAAGAAGACGCAAUAG